GUAGCGGUCUGUACAUAUAUCUCUCUCCAAGCCAUAGCUACACCUGUACCCCAUCUUCACCGGUCUUUCUGGACCAGAUCGUUAUUGGGCCACGCUCUGCAUCUCCAGCGGUUCACCGCACUACGGGCGCACAAGCCACUGCACUUUCCCAUUGCUUGUAAAGUUCGCCAUCUGGCUUGAACUCGACUUGAACCUCCACCACCAACAGCCAUGAGGUCCGCCGCCGUAUUUGCCCUGCUGCUAGGCAUCUUUGCGGCCUUUGCUGCUGCCUGGUCAAAGGAGGAUCACGAGAUCUUCCGUCUGCGCGACGAAGUCAUCAAGUCUGAAGGUGCAAAUGUCACCUUCUAUGACAUGCUCGGUGUCAAGCCCAGCGCGAACCAAGACGAAUUGACCAAAGCCUACCGCACAAAGGGUCGCGAACUCCACCCCGACAAGGCGCGCAAGAUCUUCAUUGCCAACUAUGCAAAGAAGGCUGGCAAGACGGGCAAGACACCUGGUGUCAAGUCCAGCAAGGGCCCCUCGAAGAAGGAGAUUGAUGCGCACAUGAAGAAGGUCACUGCCAGGUACCAGAAGUUGUCUGUUGUUGCAACCAUCCUCAAGGGCCCUGAACGUGCGCGCUACGAUCACUUCUUGAAGAAUGGCUUCCCUGCCUGGAAGGGCUCUGGCUACUACUACAACCGCUUCCGUCCCGGCCUCGGCUCUGUUCUGUUCGGUGUCUUGAUCGUCAUGGGAGGCGGCAUGCACUGGUUCGCCCUGCACAUGGGUUGGAAGCGCCGCAAGGACUUCGUUGAGCGCUAUAUUCGACAUGCACGCAAGACCGCGUGGGGUGACGAGACUGCCAUCCAGGGCAUUCCCGGCGCUGAUGGUGCUCGCGCAAACGUCCCUGUUAACGCUCAGCAAUUUGACAACGGCGACGAGGAGGAGGAGGAGAAGGAGCCUGAGUUCGUCCCAAGGAACCGCCGCGAAGCGCGUGCCUGGGAGAAGGAUCAGCGCAAGAACAGCAAGAAGCCCGCGGCUGUCAAGAAGGCCCGCACCGCUGGCAUCAGCACGCCAAAGGAGACAGAGCUGAUCUCUGGCCCUCAAGGCGCCAAGAAGCGCAUCGUGGCAGAGAACGGCAAGGUUUUGAUCGUCGACUCCGUCGGCAACGUCUUCCUUGAGGAGGAGACCGAGGAUGGCAUGAAGGGCGAGUUCUUGCUCGACCCUGACGAGGAGCCUGCGCCUACUAUCUACGACACCCUUCUGUUCAAGCUUCCCAAGUUCAUCUACAACCAGUCUGCUGGCCGUAUCCUCGGCAAGAAGGAGCUUAUUGACGAGCCUCUCCUCGAGACCUCCGAGCUCCCUGAGGAUGAGGCUGCCAUCCAGUCUGCGACCGCACAGAACAUCAACGGCGAGACAAGGAAACGCAAGACCAAGGCUCAGAGUCGUGCCAGGUAGACACUCAUGUUGUCUACAGAAGAAAUCACCCCAAGCGGCGGAAAAGGUGGCUUCCUUGGAAGCAUGUAGAACAGAUAUCUCAAAAGUGAAUGUUGCAUAGAUCUGGCCUCUAAAAGAUUAUACCAAUUUACCGC